CACAUCGUCGCAAUGGCUCGUCGUCCAGCGCGGUGUUACCGCUACUGCAAGAACAAGGUACGCCACCAUCAACCGUCACCAAAAGAGAAAAUGAAGCGGCGGAAAUGCCACACUUCAGCGUUCAGAAGAGCAUACGAGAUCAGAGACUGACGACAAGCAUCAUAGCCAUACCCAAAGUCUCGCUUCAACCGUGGUGUGCCAGACCCAAAGAUUCGCAUCUUCGACCUUGGCCGCAAGCGCGCGAACGUCGACGAGUUCCCUCUCUGCAUCCACCUAGUCUCGAACGAGUAUGAGCAGCUCAGCUCAGAGGCGCUCGAAGCGGCCCGUAUUUGCGCCAACAAGUACGUGGACCUACCAAACCCAAAAUGACAGCGAUGAGGCGACGGCAAUAUACUGACAACCACCGAAGGUACCUCGUAAAGGUUGCCGGCAAGGAAGGUUUCCACCUCCGCGUCCGCGCCCACCCAUACCACGUCAUCCGUAUCAACAAGAUGUUGUCCUGCGCCGGCGCCGAUAGACUGCAGACCGGUAUGCGUGGUGCCUACGGCAAGCCAAACGGUUCUGUUGCCCGUGUCAACAUUGGCCAGAUCUUGCUCUCUGUUCGCACUCGUGACUCACGUAAGCUGCACUACCACAUCAUCCCAUCUCACGGACGAGGCUGAUGAAUACAUCUAGACCGCGCCACCGCCAUCGAGGCUCUACGCAGAAGCCAGUACAAGUUCCCGGGCCGCCAGAAGAUCAUCGUCU